AUGGAAAAACACAAUAAAGAGUUUGAGGCCUUAGUCAUCUUCUUCAUUCUAGGUAUAAUAACAUCAAAGGAUGAAGGUUCUGUGAGUGCUUUAAGUCUGUGGGGAAAAGAGGUGGAUUUCAUGCAGAAAAACUGUGGCUACUGGCUGGUUAAACCGGAUCACUCCAUUCCUGCCCUGGAUGAGUUCACCGUAUGUGUCAACAUAAAGCGGCAGAUCAGUAACUCGCACUGGACCGCGUUCGUGUAUCUGCACCCUGAUAAUAAACAGAUAGAGCUAGGGCUGAAGGGUCAUGGAUCAGAUCUCAAAACCUUGAUGUUUGGGAAGGUCUGGAUAACACCUUCUGUGGUAUCCUUGCAUUACUGGCACUCAGUCUGCAUGGCCUGGUCCACAUCCAUGACUGAACCUAAAGUCUAUGUCAAUGGGAGCAGGGUGGCCUUAAGACCAGAGAACAAAGGAAAGUCUUUGUUCCCUUACUGCUGUUUGGCCCCAGGUGGCACUCUGACUUUAGGUGUGGCACACUAUUUUGUGGAGGGAAAGAUGGUGUUUGAGUCAGGCACUGAACUGAAGGGUAGUUUAAGUGUGUUCAGGGUUUGGGGAAGAGCACGCAGCGCUCAGGACAUAUCAGCGAUGGCCUGUACCGAUGGGGAUGUGCUGCAUUGGGAGGCCCGAAUUUGGGACAAAGGCCAGGGCUGUCAGCCUGUACCAGACAAUAUGCUACAGUGUGACAACUUUUUUAAGGUCAACCUCACUGUGACUAUAGAGAGCCCAGAUAAUAAUCCUGAGAUCAUAAUUAAAGACUGGCUUUAUAAAACUCUCUUAAGUGAAAAAAUAUUUGUGUUGAACUUCAAACUCUUCACCCCCUUGACACAUGGAAGAAAGCGACGCAUGGACAAACAUACACCAUCCAAAGUUGUAGAAAAGCGUUUCCUGCUCUUAAUAACAAGCCAUAGCUGUGUAUUUCACGCUAAGGUUAAAACUUCCUCAAACAUUGAAGAGACACAGCAACAGAUUCAUGCGUUUCUGGACAAACCUUACACCAGUGGAGCAAUCAGCUUGGAUGCCCAGCCCGAAGACAUUUUGAUUUCUCAUAUAGAACCAGGUUCAUGCACUGAGUACAAUCAUCAGACCAGAAUGGGGCUUUUCCACUGGUCCCAAACUGAGGUUGAACACAUCACCUCGCAUUCCUGUCAGGGGAACCCAGAAAACAGAGCAAUUAGGAAAUGUUCACUGGGGGCUAACUCUAACAAAGCUCGUUGGAACAAGCCAGACCUGGGACAAUGCCAGGUUGUGGUCAAGAGUCUGAAAGACCUAGAAGACAUUGCAGUUACAAAUGAAAAUGCAGUUGAUAUUCUGAUCAUGAUAGAGGACAUGGUACAUGACAAAAAAUUUCUGGAUGAGUACGAGCUUUCAACGGUGUUGGAUAAACUGGUCGAAGUGAUAAACGUCAGUGUGAUCACCCCACACGUAGGAGAGGCCAUCAUCAAAAUCACCUCUGACAUCCUGGAGUCUAACAGCAACCUGCAGCCUUUCACCAAUUGCAUUUUAAACAUCACAGAGGCCAUCGGAGACAAGAUGUCAGGUUUCACUGGCGAGUCAGUCAAUAUAGUAGCUCCAGCCAUUGCAAUAUCAGUGGUCAAUAUUGACCCAGGAAAUUUCCAUAACCUCACCUUUGGAGUCUCGUCUGCUAACAAAUACUCUAACCUUGAGAUUUAUAUCAACCAAGAGCCUUUUAAUGGUACAGUAGCUUUCAUCUCCCUGCCCUCAGUAAUACAAGAAAGCUUCCCCAUCCUCAACGACACCAUCCCUCGCAUUCAGUUUCAGUUUUAUGGAGUUCCAUCUCUUUUUCCAACAAAGGAUGGCCAAGAAAUGAAAAGACUGAACACUUAUGUGGUGUCUGCCAGCGUGACUAAUGCCACAGGUCCUGUUAAAAACCUGAAGGAGUAUGUUGCAGUCACUCUGCACCAUCUCAAGGCCAAGAGACAUGACCAGGAUGUCCAGUGUGUUUACUGGGAUUUUAAUAAGAAUGAUGGCUAUGGAGGAUGGAACCCAAAUGGGUGCUGGACAUACAAUGUCAGCAAUGAUUACACCACCUGUUUGUGUGACCAUCUCACCCAUUUUGGGGUUCUGCUGGAUGUAUCCAGAACUCCUAUUGAUGCAAAGAAUGAGAAAAUCCUCACUCUUAUCACAUACAUGGGCUGUGGUGUGUCUUCCUGCUUUCUUGGGAUCACAGUGCUAACAUACACACUCUUAGAGAAGCUGAGAAGAGACUACCCAUCCAAAAUUCUAUUAAACCUGUCCAUCGCGUUACUGGGACUCAACCUGACAUUUCUGAUAAACUCCUGGAUCUCUUCUUUCGGGAUCUAUGGCCUGUGCAUUGCUGUGGCAACAGCCUUACACUAUUUCCUAUUGACUUCCUUUACAUGGAUGGGCCUGGGGGCUGUGAAUAUGUACUUUGCUUUGGUCAAAGUCUUCAAUGUGUAUGUGCCCUCAUACAUCUUGAAAUUCUGUCUGCUUGGCUGGGGAAUUCCACUUAUAAUAUGUGGUUUUGUGCUGGCCAUAAAGAGAGAUGCAUAUGGCAUGACCAUGGGUGAUUCCCAGAUGACUUUGGAUGAUUCUGAUAUGUUCUGCUGGGUGCAAGAUGAUGUGGUUUUCUAUGUGUCAGUGGUAAGCUACAUAGCUCUCAUACUGCUCUGCAAUGGCUCCAUAUUCUUAGUGGUUCUGAUCCAGAUACGAAACAUGCAAGUCAAUCAGCCAGCAGGAACUCGUAGUGACCUCUUGAAAGACCUGCGGGCUGUGGCGAGCCUUACCUUCCUAUUGGGUCUCACCUGGGCUGUGGCUUUUUUUGCCUGGGGACCAGUCAAAGUGUUUCUCCUCUACCUGUUCUCCAUACUCAACAGCCUGCAAGGUUUCUUUAUUUUUGUCUUCCACUGUCUCAUGAAGGAAAAUGUACGCAAGCAAUGGAGAGUACAUUUAUGCUGUGGAGUUUUCAAGCUGCAAGAGUAUUCAGAGUGGAGCCAAACUGCAACUGUCAGUCCCAAACCCAAACCCAAUCCACCAAAUAAGUUUCCCUUGAUAGCUUCAGUGCGAUCCAUCAAGUCUAAUUCAACCCAGAGCUCAUCCGUUUCCUCAGAAUGCAGCCAAUGGCAAGUGUCUAUUACAAGACCUGACCUGGGUUGUGCAUAUGAAAACAGUUUGGUAAUCCCAAGAGCCAGGGCAGGACUGUCAGUGCCCUCAGUCACAGGAAGUGGACACGAGUUUCUCUCAACACAGUGAAAGAAUUGAACAUGCACAUACACAUUUAGCAAGACCAGUUUUUUGUUUCUCAUAACAGUUUUGUGGCGCAUCCUAUGGAAACAUUACUUUAUUUAUAAAAAAUUACACUUGGAACCAUGUUGUAGAAGAUAAACCUUUCAUAGAUCCUCAGAUUAUAUCCUACGUUAUAAUCUUAGGCUUUGUUGUUGCAUGAUAUAACAGUAAACUUGUAAACAGUAGACAAACAUGUUGUAUUUUAAGCAAGUUAAAGUGAGACUUUAACACAACACUUUUUUUUUUAAACAUACACACUCAGAAAUUAAGGGUUGAGAAGAUACCACUCAUAAUGCAGAACACACACACAGAGAGAGAGAGAGAGAGAGAGAGAGAGAGAGAGAGAGAGAGAACCAGGGCAUCAAUAAGUGGAGCUCUACAGCCACCUUUUGGUCAUUGUUGGCAUUAAAAGUAAUUUGUUUUCCAGCUGAUGACAGCAAUCUGACACACACGCACACGUUUGCAAGAUACAUUUUUAAUAUAGAAAAUUUGAAACCGCAAAAUGUUUACUCCGAUUCUUCUGUAUUAUACUCUAAUUGAAUUUUCUGAAUUUUUCAGUUAAUUUAUGUUUCUUGAUGUUCAUUUUAUUGAUAUUAUUAUGCAUUUAC